CGCUAAGCGGUGGAGAUGCGGGACGCUACGCUUGGCGGCAGUGAGGAAGAUGGCGGACGAGAACCUGCGGGAGUUGAAUGUCGGUGGAGAUCCGGGGACCUGGGACGGCUCGGAGUCUGAGCUGGUGGUCCGGAGUUGGCAGGAAGGAGUUGAUUUGUGUUCAGGGAUAUAUCAACACCUGAAAGAGUAUGUGCCUCCAGUGUUUUGCUCGGGAUCGGAGGCCAAGUCACCUGAGGAGAAUCAGGCUUAUCAAACAUUACUACAAACCUUGGAAUGGUAUCUGUUCGGAGAAAACCCAGCAGAUGGCUUUGCUAAGCUGGAACAAAGCAACAGUUCUUCACAGCUCUGUGGUCGAGUUUUCAAAGGGGGAGAGACUACAUAUUCCUGCCGAGACUGUGCUAUUGAUCCCACUUGUGUACUAUGCGUGGACUGUUUCCAGAAUAGUGUUCACAAAAAUCAUCGGUACAAGAUGAAUUCUUCCAAUGGAGGUGGCUUUUGUGACUGUGGAGAUGUUGAAGCCUGGAAGACUGGACCUGCUUGUAAAAUGCAUGAACAUGGUGUGUCAGAGGACUCUGCGAAUCCUGCAAGCCAGUUACCUGUGGGUUUGGCUGAACGAACCCAGCAACUGUUCACUAUUAUCUUCAGGUAUAUCGUAGAUAUGUUGAUCUGGACAGAAGAUAAAGAGCUGCCGUUGGGACUCCAACCAAGGGAGAAGACAGAUUCCUAUUUCUGUGUUCUGUUUAAUGAUGAGCAGCAUUCGCCUGAGCAAGUCAUUUAUUCACUCCAGAGGUCACUAGGCUGCUCACAAAGAGAAGCACAGAAUCACACCACUUUGAUAGAUAAAGAGGGUCGUAGAGCUGUAAAACAUGGAACACUGCAGUCAUGUCAAGAGACAAAGUUAGAAGUUUUUAACAUUACAAACAGUGUAUUCCAGUCACCCCUACGUGUUGAAAUUCUUCACUCAAGUGUUGUAUCCCAUCAGACCUUUGCUUUACGUCUUCUCUCCUGGCUCAACCAAGUUGUUAGUAACUCAGCUGGAUUACGUCAGAUUUUCUGUGAGGUGGUGCUUAACCAAGAACCAGACUCAAAUCAACCUUGCCUGAUCAGCAAAUUAAUGUUGGCUGAUGCCAAACUCUGGAAAGGAGCACGCAAAGUCUUCCAUGAACUAAUAGUAUGCAGUUUGCUGAUGGAAACAGAAUGCAAGAGACUCUUUGCUGUUGAAUUUGUCACUCACUACAAGCAACUUCAGUUGGAGUUUGUGGAGGAUGAUCAUGACCGCAAUGUAUCAGUAACUGCACAGUCUGUUCAAAUAUUCACUGUCCCAACACUGGCUCGUCAUCUAAUUGAAGAACAUGAUGCUCUAAAAAUCAUUGUCGAAACAAUAAUCGAGCUGUUUUCUGAGCAUAUGGAUAACGGAAAGCUUCAUUUUCAGAGUUACUCCCGGGAUAAAUUAUUCAGGAAACAAAUGGUUUUAUAUGAUCUUAAGUAUGUUUUGAUCAGCAAGCCACCUCUGUGGACAGACAGACAAAGAGAGCAUUUCCUUGAAGGUUUUAAAACAUUUUUGAGGCUAUUAAAAACCAUGCAGAAUAUGGAGCCAAUGAGCCGACAGAUUGGGCAGCACCUUGAGAUCGAACCUGAAUGGGAGUCAGCAUUCACUAUCCAGAUGCUCCUGAAAUGUAUUCUGUCCAUGAUUCAGGAAUGGUGUGCGUCUGAUGAACAAGUUCUUCUUCGAGCCUACAAGGAAUGCCACCGUGUUUUGUCCCAAUGUUCUAACGAGUGCAGUCAACGGAAUGCAAGGAAGCAGCUCAACACUCUGAACAUGUGUGGUCACUCCAUCAGCUUGAAACGUUACUUAGUAUCUCGAGAACCUGUCAGCAUCCACCUUCCCUUAUCCAGACUGCUUGCAGGUUUGCACGUACAUCUAAACAAGAGUGGGGCACUUAACAAGUUAGAAGAAUAUGUGCCUUCAUCAGAGUUUCAAGUUGAAAAAUUGAUGGACUACCCAUUGCGCUGCUUAGUGCUGAUGGCUCAGGUCUCAGCUGAUAUGUGGAGAAGAAAUGGAUUUUCUUUAGUAAAUCAGGUGUUUUGUUACCGAAAUGUAAAAUGGAGGGAAGAAAUGUUUGACAAAGACGUAAUCAUGUUGCAGAUUGCAGCCUCGAUCAUGGAUCCAAAUCGGUUCUUAAUGUUUCUCCUCAGCAGAUUUGAACUGUUUGAAGUAUUUUCUAAGUCUUCAAUUCCAAGAAAUAAGGAUGUAAUUCAGCAGACCAAUGUCCUAAUAGAGGAAUUGCUACACCUUAUCAUUAUAGUGAUUGGGGAGCGUUAUGUUCCAGGAGUGGGCCAUGUGAAGAAAGAUGAUGUCACUUUGAGGGAAGUGAUCCAUUUACUUUGUAUUGAGCCAAUGCCUCACAGUGAACUAGCAAAAUCAUUACCUGAGAAUGAAAAUAAUGAAACUGGUUUGGAAAAUGUUAUACAUCAGGUGGCCACUUUCAAAAAGCCAGGAUUGUCUGGGCAUGGUGUAUAUGAGUUGAAACCAGAAUAUCUGAAACAUUUCAAUUUGUUCUUCUACCAUUACUACAAGUCACAGCAGACAAAGGCUGAGGAUGAACAGAAGAAGAGGAAAAAACAAUCCAACAGCAGUGAAGCCCUUCCACCUCCUCUCCCUCCUCCAUUCUAUUCCAUGUUUGUGAAGGUCAUAAAUAUUUUGAACUGUGAUGUUUUAAUGCUAAUCCUCCGAACAGUUCUUCAGCGGGCUGUGGAUUCCACAGGGCAGUUGUGGAGUGAAGCAAUGGUACAGAAGACUCUUCAUCUUAUCUGCAUGGCAUUGCAAGAGGAAAAACGACAACUAGAGGGUGGAGUUGCAGAGGAAGAUGUGAACUUUGAUGUUUAUCUUAAAGCAACAAGAGUAGGCAGUUCUGCAGUGAAUGCUGAGAGCAUCCUGUCACUUUUAGAAAAACUAAGAGGUGUCCAACAAUUAGAUGCCCAGAAGGAUAUGAUUAUCUGGACUCUACAGAUGUUUGAAACUGUGAAAAAGCUGCGGGAGAAAUCAAGUCCAUGUUCAGCAACAGAAGCAGCCAGUCAAAAAACAAAUGAGACUACACAGGACAAAGAUAAAGCUGAGCGUAAACGGAAAGCAGAGGCAGCCAAAUUAUAUCGACAGAAGAUUAUGGCACAGAUGUCUGCAAUGCAGAAAAACUUCAUUGAAUCAAACAAACACCUGUAUGAGAAGUCAACAGAAGCACCAAAACAAGGGACGGUCAGGACUGAAGUAGAUAGUACUCCAACUGCUGAGGAUUCUGGUGUGGCAUUGGGACCGAUGCAAGGUGCAACUGCAGCUGAGAAAAUAACACUGACCUGCAUUUUGUGUCAGGAAGAGCAGGAAGUGAAAACUGAUGAAAUGGCCAUGGUCCUAGCAGCAUGUGUUCAGAGAUCCACAGCGCUGUCAAACAGUAGAACUCGAACUAUAACGAAUCUAGGAGAUGACUGCGACCCUAUAAUCAUGCACCCUGACCUCGGCUGUGGUACACAUGUAGGAAGCUGUGGCCAUGUGAUGCAUGCCAGCUGCUGGCAGAAAUAUUUUGAAGCUGUGCAGAAUUCAACACGUAACCGGCUCCAUGCUGAAUUGCCGUUUGAUCUGGAGAAUGGAGAGUUUCUCUGUCCACUGUGCAAAGCUCUGUAUAACACUGUUAUGCCAGUUAUUCCACAGCAGGCUCAGAAUCUUGAUAGCAAAGACGCAGAAACUGUAGCACAGAUACUGACUUUAUCUCGCUGGUUACAAAAUGUAGCAGCACGUUUAAUUGGACUAAAUGCUUCAGACUCAAAAGAAAAAGAAAGCAACUUAAUUCAAGGAAAUCCAAUUGCGAGGAAAGAUCCUGUAGAAUUUAGAUCCAUCCUCAGCUUUGGAGUACAGUCACCGAUCAAAUAUUCUAAAAGCAUUGUUGAAAUGCUGCUGUUGUUCGCUACAGCCGUGUACCGAGUAGGUCUGAAGGUUGCUCCCAAUGAAGCUGAUUCGAGAGUUCCAUUGAUGGCAUGGAAUGCUUGUGCCUUUACCAUUCAAUCCAUAGAGAAUAUUCUUACUGAUGAGGACAAGGUUUUGUUCGGAUCACUACCAGACAGACAGGGUCUUAGCCUGAAAGCAGUUCUACAGUUUGCUGCUUCUCAGAGAGUGGUAGCAUCAUCCAGAGUUAUCCAGCAGCACCUGACCCGGUUAAUGUCAGUUUUUCUGCCUCAUCUGGAUGUUGAAGAUACUUGGUCAAUCCUGGAUAUUGACUUUUUCCACCUUUUGGUAAGCUUAGUUCUAGCAUUUCCUUCAUUGUAUUGGGAGGAGACUGUGGAGCUACAACCUUCAGACAUCAGCUGUGCCUUCAACAACCUCUACCUCUUCCAUCUGGUCACCAUGGUGCAUAUUGUGCAGAUACUUCUUACCUCAACAACAGAUUGUCCUAUGGAGCAGGAUGGAGAGGAGACUGAGGAGUCUCAGUCAGCUGCAGAACUGUAUGAAACUCUUCGAGAAUACACGAGCAGAUCUCUAGAAUAUAAGCCCCAUGGCUGGUACCUAUGGCACUGUGUGAAGUGUGGCAUUGUUCCAUUCCUUCGCUGUUCUGCCUUGUUCUUCAACUACUUGCUUGGAGUACCACCUCCUGAGGAGCUGUCAAAGGAUUCCCCUGAAGGGCAGUUUGAAGCUUUGUGUCUUUACUUGGCGUUGCCGACCAACCUUUUCAAACUUUUCCAGGAGCACAAGGAUGUAGUAUCUCCUUUGCUACAAAGAUGGUGUUCCGAUUCUGCAGUGCAAAGCUUUCUCAAAGGAGAACGAGCAACAGUCCGAUAUCCAAGGGAAAGAAACCAAUUAAUGGAACUUCCAGAAGAUUACAGUUGUGUUCUGAAUCAGGGUUCUCAGUACAAGUGCUCGAGAUCGUCUGAUGAUGAGACAAAGAAUUUAGCACUCUGCAUGUUCUGUGGAGCCAUGCUGUGUUCACAAAGUCAAUGCUGUCGGGAGGAAGUAAAUGGAGAGGAAGUUGGAGCCUGUGCAGCUCAUGCCAUGAACUGUGGAUCUGGUUUGGGCAUGUUCCUCAGGAUACGGGAAUGUCAAGUGCUACUGCUGGCAGGAAAAAAUAGAGGGUGUUUCAUACCUGCUCCCUACCUGGAUGAUUAUGGGGAGACCGAUCAGUGGCUUAAGAGAGGUAACCCCUUGCAUUUGUGCAAUGAGCGAUACAAGAAACUCGAGCGUCUAUGGCAGCAGCAUCGCAUUCUGGAGGAGAUCACAAGAAAUCAGGACACAAAUCAAGUAGACUUCGGUUUUGAGUGGCAGCAAUUCUGAACACAGUAGUUGACCCCACCAUGCUCGACAGCAGAAACACCACUAACCUGCUGUUAGCAAAAUGUCAAAGGCUAGCCUCUAAGCUGAUUAAAUUGAUGUGGACUGCUUUUAAUCUACUGUGUAUAUAAUCCAGUUUCAGCAUUCCGAUCCUAUCCACAGGGAAACCAACUUCUUUUUUGUACAGCCUAUCCUUUGGGACAAAAUCUACUAGGGUGCUGUACACUUUCAUAGGGACUGGGGCGGGUCAUUGGUGUUGACUUGUCAGUGAGAAAGAGACCUGAUUGUGCAGGGGAAAUAUUAGAAAUUUGAAAAUAUUAACAUCAUUCCCCCUUCCCCUGUCCUGUAUGCAAGCUACUUUCUUGCGUACUGCACCACAGGGGAAGACAUGUCGCUGUUGUCAUGACUAUGCCAAUGUGAAGAGCAUUUCAAGUAGUGAGAAGUCAAAACCACCAACUGUGAUAUUAGUACCUCUCUUCUAUCUAAUGCUCCAUCCUGUUUACAAUAAAGGCGUAAAAUAAAUUUACAAUACACAGCUAUCUUCAGAGCACAUUUGGUACCUGGGUAAACAUGUAGUUUGAUCACUCAAGGAGUUGAGAUUCACAUUUGUAUUCUUAUAAAAUUCUGCACUGACAGGCACAUUUUGAUCAAUUGAAUUAAUUGUGAGGUGUAUGCAGCACUUUGCAUUUAGAACUGUAUCCAGUUUUGCUGAAAUUAUUUCUGAAAAUCAAUAUUGUUUAUAAUGCAGAAGAUACCCCCCCCCCCCAACACUUCUCAGUAAAGGUUAAUUCAGUGUCAGAGUUAGUACUGACAAUGUUUGGAAAAAUUGAGGAGGGCCUGAUGAAGCAGAGAAGCUUGUUAUCCUCUGGUUUAAUCUUGCUGAAUUUUAACAUUGUAACCUGAGAGAAGAUGGUAAUAUUUGCAUUUAACAAGUGUUUAAAGUUCUGACCAGUUGCAGAAAGAUUCAAUUGUAAAAAUUUAUUAGAUGCCCAGGUGCGAUAUGCAUGCCUGUCCAAUUUCAUACAACGCUAUUAUGAAAGUGAUGCCCAUUUGUAUUGCGAAAGCGAUGUUGGAUUUAGGAGAACUCUUAGCCACUUUUGAAAACAACAGAUUCUGCAUUUCUUCCAUCUCUAUCUGAUGCAGGCCACUUCUGGCAAUAACUGAAAUUUCAACAGAUUUUUUAUACAGAUAAUUACAAAGGAAAAUUGUACCAAAUGCAGUGUUUUCCUUUUUAUUAGGGAGAGGACUAUGUUAAAUAACAUUACUAGAUGAUAAUUAUACUGUUUGUGUUUGUUUUUAAAUCACAUUAUUACAUUGCUGGCAGUUCAUCACUGCUAUUGCUUGAAUUUUCACAACAGUUAGCGUGGUGCCUGGAGUUAGGUUUCUAGACUAUAUUUCAAAUUUUAAAGGACUAACAGAAGAUCCUUGAAUCUGAAGCCUUAUGUUGUAGUGUUCUAAAAGAGCUGGCUGUAAGCAUAGUGGAUGCAUUGGUUGUGAUUUUCCAGAAUUUCCCAGAUUUCAAACCAUUUCUGCAGUUUAGAAGUUAGCAAGUAUAAUACUGACGGAACUCAAGAAAGGAGCAAGAGCAAAACCAAGGAACUUCAGGCAAGUCAUUUGUCAGGAAAACACUAUUCACAUUUUUGCUAUUAUUAAAGACACCUUAAUAAUCACUUAGAAAAUCAAAGCGUGAUGAGACAGUCAGCAUGGCUUUAUGGUCAGGAAAUCAUACUUGACAAAUUUAUUAGAGUUUUUGGCUAAGAAGGAUAGGUAAAGGUAAGCCAAUUGAUGUAGUAUUCUGAAUUUACAAGAGCUAUUCAAUAAAGUCCCAUGAUAUGGACUGGCGGAGUUGGGACAAAUGAGGCAUUUUAAAAAUGGCAAAUUGCAAUUAGUAGUGUGCCACAAGGAUUAAUGCCUCAGCUAUUCAUAAUAUGUAUUGAUUACUAUUGGUUUCUUUGUCUAAGUUAUGUCUCCAGGCUUCCUGCUACAAGCUGAGGAGCACACAAAGGUAUCUAGACUGAUUUAAUUGAUUGGUCAACAAGGUGGUUGAUGGACUGUCAUGUGGAGGUGUCUAAGGUAACAAGAAUGCAAAAGCAAAAUUCUUCUUAAAGCCAUGAGACUUUUAAAUGUUUGCAUACAGAGAGAGACAAGACCUGGCUGCUUUUGAACAAGGAGCACAAGCUAGCGUGAAGAGAAAAUACAGCAAGGAAUUAGGGAGAUAACUGGUAUUUAAAUUGCAAAAAGGCCUUUCUUUAAAAAAGGAUUUUGAGUGGAAAAUAAUGAGAUGGUCUCUGUAAUUAUAUAGGGCUUUGGUCAGAUCAACCUGGAAUAUGUUUGCAGUUUUCAUUUUCAUAUCUAAGUAAGGAUGAACUUGCUUGGCAGUUCAGCAGUAGUUCACUAGACUGCUUCUUGGAUGGGCUGCUACUUGAAAAGAGACUGGGUAAAUUGGGCUUAUAUUCUCAGACACUUAAAGGAAUGAGAAAUGAACUUGUUGAAACGUACAAGAUCCUGAAAGGCCCUGAUAGGAUUCCCAUGGAAAGGAUGUUUCUUUUACUCCUGGGCUGGGAAAUCUGGAACAUGGGGAGGCAAUCUCUUGUGAAGUGGCAUGAGGACAAAUUUUUUUCAGUCUAAGUUCUCUAUCCCAGGGCAGUUGCGGAUACUCCAAGGAGUAUUGUCAAGGCUGAAAUACUGUUGAUUUCUCAGGGAAUUGAUUAUGUGGAAGAGGCAAAAAGUCAAGUGGAAGCAAUUGGACCAUCCACAAUCAUACUGGAUGGUAGAACAGGUUCAAGGAGCCAAGUAGCCUCCAUUUCUUAUGUUGUUAUCCUGCAACAGCCCUGAGCACAAUGUUGCAUUGUGAAGACUGUCUGUCAAGUGGGCUCUUUCCUGGGUAUUGUUUUAUAAUUAGUUGAGUGAAGUUGCACAGGGGCUACAUGGAUCAGAUCCUACAAGAGUUGAAUAUUUCUCUCCCUUUCUAGUUUGCUUGCUGCUGUCCACAGUAAUCCAGGCAAACAUUUGUAAUUACCUGAGGAUAAUGUUAUCAGGGUGAACAUACAAUGAGCUGUAGUUUGCGAACGUCAGUGUUUCCGGUCACUAGUCAUUACCCAGUGGAAGUGAUCUGAAAUCCUUAUGUUAAUCCGGUUGUUUGAGGAACCCUCAAAGCAAUUAAAUAUUGUACAAGGAAACGUGAAGUCCUUUUUUAAAAAGGAAGCGUCGUCAUUGAAUUCAGAGUGGUGGAGACUGUAUAUGUUGACACUGCUUUUGUUAUUAGUUCAGGCCAUGUUAAUAUUGUGUUCAAUAAAGUAAUCUCUUCACGUCAAAGUGAAUGUAAAUCUGCGUGCUUACACUAAUGGUGUAUCUGAAAUUGACGUAGCCAAUGCCCUUCACAAAAGUCAGGAGUUGAAUUUCUCCCUUCUUAUCAUUAACAAAGUUAACUUUUGUUUGUGUCAUUUAAGUCUUUUCCUAUUUAGUAAUUCUCAACAAAAGCUAUACUGGGUGUUCUGUAGUAAUCACUCAAUCUGCUGGCCUUAUUCUUCCUUCAGGAUUACUGUGAUGUUUAAAAUUAUCUUGUCAUUUGAGCAGAUAUUGCUCAUCCUUCAUUGCCCUUCAGCUGAAUGGCCAUUUCAGAGGGGAAUUGAGAAUCAUCUGUAUUGCAGCAGGUCUGGCGUAAAAUGUAGGCCAAACCAGGUAAGGAGGGCAGAUUUCCUGACUCGAACGACAUUUUGUGAACCACAUGAACCAGGUCCUGUGACAGUGACUACAUGGUUGCCUUAAGGACAGCCUUGAUUCACAGAUUCGUAUUUAAUUCAAAUUUCACCAUCUACCAUGGUGUGGUGACAGUUGGGUGUCUGGAUUGCUAGUCAAUGUGCCAACACCUACCUCCCUGCUGGUCUACCAAGCAGCACCCAUAUCCCAUGAACAAAUAAAGAAGAAAACACCAGAGCAAUAAGUUUCUAACCUGAAUUUUGGGAAUGAAUCCCUUUCUUGCUCCCCCUCAGAUUCUGGUUUUGAUCAUUGUCUCAGUGCAAUAGAAAGUUGAGCAUUUCCCAUAAACCAGGAAACCCUCCUCCAUUUUGCUGAUGACUUGAGGUUGUUACACAGAUAACUUCUGCUAUAAGUAUCUGUCAGCCUUGGCUGUGAUGUCCAGUUCAAUUUAUUGCACUGUGGGGAAUCAUCUGAGCUCACCAAUGAAAAUAAGAGUGUGUCAGAGGAUGCCAUUGCACCUCCAUUUCAGUAGGUGAGUCAAUGCCCUCAGGAAACAAUGGGAAAGAAUGCACCCGAGGUGCCUUAAGUUUCAGACAAGUUUGUUGUUUGCAGUCUUUGUCCAUUUCUUAGGGGUAGCUUAUCAAAUUGAACUCUUGCAAAAAGAAAGGAGAGUCUCGACAUGGCACCCUUCACUCUGUUACUGUUGAUGAUGCGUUUUGCCUGAUAGGUUUUUAUGGACUGAAACGGCUUGAUCUCUGAUCCAUUUUUGAGUUUUUCAUGAGGUCUCUGUGAAUUGCCAUGAUAUACAGGGUGACAGAUCAGUGUAGACUUGAAUGAUAUGUUUCAAAAACCUGGCAUGAUUCCUGAUUGUUUGUGAUUAAUAUGUCUUCUCGUGUAAGUUUUUUUUCUAUCUAUUAGAGUAAUCCUCAGGACAAUGUGAAUCUUAUGUAAAUAUAUUGCUUGUGUUUACUUAUGCUAAUUCCAAAUAAUCAAAUUGCUCUUGUUCCUGUUCUAAUUUGAGGGAAAGUCUGAGAAUUUCUGAUGGAGUAGAAAAUCAAGUGUUGUGAUGUGACCACAAGUUUGUGCUCACAGAAGGAUGUCACAUCGGUACAAACAAAAAGGGAAGAAAUCAUUUAUUUACCUCCUAUUAACUUGCUGUUUAAGGUCAAUGUCACUUAUUUUCACUUAUUGGAAGACUUUAUCAUUUAAGGGGAAGGGCUUCUACUGAAGAGGAAGGCAUGUGUGUAAUGCUUCUGUCCCAGUAUCAUAUGCAAACAGCACUGUGUUUUUAUGCUGAUUUCAUUCAAUUGCACCAUUAAAGUCAUGUAUUGGUUUCUUCCUCAUGUAUACAGUACCACUUUAAUUCAUAAUGGAAAUGUAUUUAUGGCAAUAAAUUAAAUAUUGUACUGCUCAGAUUAAUAACAGUA